GUACCGGUUUUGGAUUCAGAUAUCCGAUACGAUUUCGUUUACGAUCUGCCACAAGCCUUAACCUUUUUUUCAUGCUUCCCCGCCCUCCCUUCAUUGCUCUCCCGCCGGUAAGAUCUGGGAAAUUUCUAGGGUUGGGUUCAGAUUCUUGUUGGAAAAAUGAUCGUAUCGGCUCUGCUUACUUCUGUUGGCAUAAAUUUGGGGCUCUGCGUGCUGUUAUUUGCGCUCUAUUCCGUCCUCAGAAAGCAGCCGGGGAACAUUGAGGUGUAUGUUCCGCGACUGGUUGUCGAGGGGAAAGCGCAGCGAACUAGGGAGUUUAACUUGGAGGAUCUUCUGCCGAACCCGGGAUGGUUGAGGAAGGCUUGGCAGACGUCGGAAGAUGAGCUCCUCUCUUCGUGCGGUUUGGACGCUGUUGUCUUCAUAAGGAUCUUCAUUUUUAGUUUCAAAGUAUUUUCUGUUGCUGCGGGUUUGGGGAUGUUUAUUCUUCUUCCGAUAAAUUAUUUUGGGGACCAACUCCGUGAAACUGAUUUCACCGACCUUCAAAACAAAUCACUGGACUUGUUCAACAUUUCAAAUGUAAAGGAUGGCUCAAAUUGGUUAUGGGCUCACUUUUCUGCUGCAUACGUUAUCACGGGAGUUGUGUGCUAUCUGUUAUAUUCUGAGUACAAGUAUAUUUCUCUUAAAAGGCUUGAACAAUUCUAUGCAUCCAAGCCAUUACCCCAACAAUACACAGUUGUUGUUACUGGAAUUCCUUCACAUAGUGGGUGUUCCCUCAGUGAUACUAUUGAGAGUUUCUUCAUGGAGUACCACCCUUCAACUUACUUAUCACACGUAGUUGUUCACCGGACAAAUAAGCUUCGAGGUCUCAUUAGAGAUGCUGAGAACAUAUACAAAAGACUAACCCGGCUAAGGUCAAGACCCCAUAAUCCAGCUAGCUCUGAACGUAAUUGUUUCUUUGGAUUGUUCGGGAAAAGCGAGGAUUUAGUACAGGAUUAUAGCAAGAGAUUGGAAGAUCUAGAAGAGAAUGUGAGACAGCAACAAUCUGGCUAUUCCAAGACUGUAGAGGAAGUGUCUGCUGCAUUUGUCUGCUUUAAAUCACGUUAUGGUGCUUCAACUGCACUCCGCAUCCAACUAUCUGAAAAUCCCAUCGAAUGGGUGACAGAGCAAGCCCCGGAACCUCAUGAUGUGUAUUGGCCUCUUUUUUCUUCAUCAUUCAUACGGAGAUGGAUUUCCAAGCUUUUGGUUAUAGUGGCGUCAAUUACCCUGACAAUUUUAUUUCUGCUUCCUGUCGCAUUUGUCCAAGGACUUACCAAUUUGAAUCAGUUAAAGACGCUGUUACCUUUUCUUAACAACAUACUUGAGAUAUCUGUUGUUAGUCAAGUAAUAACAGGAUAUCUUCCUAGUCUCAUUCUUCAGAUAUUUUUUUCCAUUGUGCCUCCAAUCAUGAAGAUUUUCUCCACAAUGCAAGGAAAUAUCUCCCUUAGUGGGAUUGAGAAGAGUGCAUGCAGUAAAGUGCUUUGGUUUACGAUAUGGAAUGGUUUUUUUGCAAUUGUUCUCACUGGAUCUGUUACAAGCCAAGUGCAAAUAUUCUUGGAACCAAAGGAUAUUCCUUGGAAGCUAGCUGUUUACGUGCCAACUCAAGCCUCCUUUUAUAUAGCCUAUGUUGUGACAUCCUGGACUAGUUUAUCAAAAGAACUCACACGUGUGAUCGCUCUUCUUGGUGAUUGGAUAGGUGGUUGUUCUGGAUGCUUUGACAAUGAACUGCAAGCGCCCUCCAUGACCUAUCACAGCGAAAUUCCCAGAAUCCUGCUAUUUCUACUUAUUGGGCUCAUUUACUUCUUGUUAUCUCCAUUGAUUCUUCCAUUUAUAUUGAUUUUCUUCUGCAUUGGGUAUAUCAUCUAUCGAAAUCAGCUAUUAAAUGUGUAUUUACCGAAGUAUGAAACUGGCGGACAGUUUUGGCCUAUAGUGCAUAAUUCAACUAUAUUCUCUCUAGUACUUAUGCAGGCCAUGGCCUUUGGGAUAUUUAGUUUGAAGAAGCUUCCGCUUGCUUCAAGUUUGCUUUUGCCUCUUCCUGUGGUUACACUUUUAUUUCAUGGUUAUUGCCGAAAACGGUUCGAACCCGUCUUCCAGACUUUUUCAGCUGAGACACUAAUAAAGAAAGAUCGAAGCGAGCAGAAUGAUCCAGGAAUGAAUGAAUUCUUUGAUAAACUGAAAACUGCAUAUAAUGAUCCAUCUCUUGCGCCUAAAGAUCGAUCACAGUAUGCUGACGAUCAAAACACUCCACUACUGUUCUCACUUGAAUCUUGAUCUUCAUACUGUUUGUCUUUGCCAACUCAAACGCCAUUAUUUUGGAGCUUAACUGUACUAGGAGUUAUCAGAGCUUAGCAAUCAGGGAGAUGAACUGCAGUGGUAUUUCACCUUCAGUGCUUAUUUUGAUUGUUUUGUGCCUGUUUGCUCUUUGCUGAAUGAUUUUCCCCUUGUGUAAAUUAGAUUUGUUGUAUCUAUGAAAUAUUUCCAUUGUUUUUUUCUUCAUAAAAGAUUGGUUGAUGAUGAAGUUUGAUUUGGAGUUGAUUUCUGCGUCUUUUUAUCUCAA